GAGAAAUUCGGAUGAGGCGCAGCGCAACUGGAUAAAAGAGACUCCCUGAUAUGGACGGUCUGUGAAACUAUUUUUGGUGGGCGUUUUUCUGUGUUUUCUUUCAUCCUGAAAGUGCGAUGUAGGUUGCUCUCCCCAGGCCAGGAUGUCUCUGAACCGAGCGGUACUUGGACUUGCGUGGAGCUACUUGAGUUUUUUGUCGUGCGCCCAGUGCGGGCUGAGUGACAACCACGUGCACUCCAGUUUUAUUUACAGAAGAUUGCGCAAUCAUGAGCGCAGAGAGAUCCAGCGAGAGAUCCUGUCCAUCCUGGGUCUGCCCCACAGACCGCGACCCUUCUCCCCAGGGAAACAGGCGUCCUCCGCCCCGCUCUUCAUGCUGGACCUCUACAACGCCAUGGUGGUGGAUGAGGAUGGAGCGCCGCACAGCUCGAGCAGGAGCCUCAAGGCGCAGAGGAAAGGCCACCACAGCGUCCAGCACGGCGGCUACUCGCGCGUGGCGCAGCCGUACCGCGCGGCACCUCUGCUGGGUCACAGCCCCGCGCUCACCUCUGCGCACGACACCAACUUCCUCAAUGACGCAGACAUGGUCAUGAGUUUUGUCAAUUUAGUGGAGAAGGACAAAGAUUUCUCGCACCAGCGGCGACACUACAAAGAGUUCCGCUUCGACCUGACUCAGAUACCUGACGGCGAAGCGGUCACGGCUGCCGAGUUUCGGAUCUACAAGGACCGCAGUCAUUCCCGCUACGAAAACGUCACGCUGAAGGUCACCAUUUAUCAAGUCAUCAAGGAAUUCCAAAACAAGGAUGCAGAAACGUUCUUGCUGGACUCCAAAAAGGUUCAAGCUACAGAUGGUGGCUGGAUGGUGUUCGACAUCACGGUGACCAGCAACCACUGGGUGAUGAACCCGCAGCAAAAUCUAGGGCUUCAACUCUGUGUGGAGACUAUUGAUGGACGAAGUAUCAACAGCAAAUCUGCCGGGAUUGUUGGAAGGAAUGGACCUCAAUCCAAACAGCCGUUCCUAGUGGCGUUCUUCAAGGCCAGCGGGGUGUUGUUGCGAUCUGUCAGGGCUGCUGGCGGGAAGAAGAAGAACCACAAUCGCAACAAAUCCACGGGACCACAGGAAUCGUCCCGCGCGCCCAAGAGUGGAGAUUACAACUUGAGUGAACAGAAGCAGGCCUGCAAGAAACACGAGCUUUAUGUCAGCUUCCGCGAUUUGGGUUGGCAGGAUUGGAUUAUCGCGCCCGAGGGUUAUGCAGCUUUUUACUGCGAUGGCGAAUGCUCAUUUCCUCUCAAUGCACACAUGAAUGCGACAAAUCACGCAAUAGUCCAAACUCUGGUCCAUUUAAUGUUUCCUGACAAUGUGCCAAAGCCAUGCUGUGCACCAACCAAACUAAACGCAAUAUCAGUUCUCUACUUCGAUGACAGCUCCAAUGUGAUCCUCAAAAAAUAUAGAAAUAUGGUUGUAAGGUCUUGUGGUUGCCAUUAGAGACACCUUUCCUGUUGUAUGCUGCAGUCUAAUGUACAGUAUUAUGUAUAUAAGGUUUGUCAACUCUAAUUUAUUUUUCUUUCACAGCAAAAUAGCACUGAACAUUUUCAUAUUUAAAUAUGUAGAACUUGUUUUUGUCAUUUAUCACUUUGUGUCCAUUGGCAUAUACU